CCCAAUCAGAAAAAGCAUUCAAUCUCACUAAUAAAAAGCAUUCAAGGUUAAUCAAAUCAGAAGUUGGAUUCAUAUUUAAUAACCUGCAUUUUAACUUUUAACACAUUCGAUUUUUAUUAUCCCGAAUUAAUACUCGCACCGCUCAUGAGAUAGUAGAGAUGCCUCCUCGUGGUUCCCGUGGUGCGAGAGGAGGGAGAGGAAGGGGUGCAGCCAGAGCCGGACAUUCAUCAGCAUCAGAUACCACAAAUAGAUCUGCACUUGGAGAUGCAGAAUCUCAUCCUGCUGAAAGUUCAUCACAACCACAAAACUCCAUAGAAAGGGGCGAUGUAGUGGUUAUAAACACAUCUUCCGAAGGGACUCCAGCCAAUAGCCCACCGGUGUCUGUUCCUCAGAGUGACAUAUCAACUACCACCUCAUUGAGACAAUCGCAAACACCCAGUGCUACGGCUUCAAGAGCUGGUGGUAGAUUUAGGCCUAAGAAUGUUCGGCGAGACGCUGCAGAGCGUGCAAGGCUGGAACAAGAAAGAAACCGUGACCUAGCCGUCAAGAUUAAGGAAGAGGAACGGCAGCAGCGAGCAGAGGACCGGAGGGCAAGACGGGGACGGGGACGAGGUCGGGGUGAUCCGUCACAAGGAGGGUUUAUCAGAAGAAUAGUCACCGCCGCUGGUCCAUUUUCUGCAAUACCACAAGAAAAUGUUAAAGGAGGCCCAGGAGGUGCCGGAGGAUGGGGUUGGGGAGCUAAUGGUGGCGCUUCUUCUUCGAAGGGAGGCUUUACUUCUAAGUUCGCUGAAUUUAGAUAUCGACCCAGACGAGAGCACGAAGAUAGAGUCAAUACUGACCUUCUAAGUGGGUCUACUGGUUACGACGAGGAAGGAAAUCCUCUUUACCAGCCCUCCCGUUUCAAUAAGGCAACUGGAAGCCUCCCAGUCGGCCUUCUUCGGACCCAUCAUGAAGAAGACGAAGUUAAAGUCAAGACUACGGCGGAGCUUGAAGCGGAAGAGCGACAGUCUUCUGACGAUGACGAACUAUUCGUCGCCCAGGCAGCCAAAGACUUACGCGAGGUCGGUAUGGAAGACGAUAGUGAGGUCUGGCACGCUGCACCAAAGAGCCAAGUCAAAGUCAAGACUGAACCCGGCACGGAGCCCGAAGAAAUGGACAUCGAUAUGGCCGAUAUUCCUGAAGCAGUACAAGUGAAGGCGCCUCCUUCGCCCGAACUUAAAAAGAAACCGAUCGUGGAUAAAGAUAGCGUCGGAGCUGCACAGAAGAAGCGAAAGGAGAAGGCAGCCAAGGACCCCGAAAUCUUGCAAGCCAUAUACGACCUGGAUGCUCAAUUACAAACACUCAAGUUCGACGAACUCCCUAGCGGCGAGAAAGGAAAAGAGAAAGAAGAGGAGGAUGAGGAGGAUGCGCCGCAGGGCCAAGAAAAAGACGACCAGAUGUUCCUGUUCCAACUACCCCCCGUUCUCCCGCCAUUAGUUAAACCUACAGACAGCAGUGCAAAUGGCGAAGAACUGGAAGUCGCUAAUCCUACGCCCCUUGUUGGGGCUCCCAGCAGCAAGGUGAAGACCGAGGAUGGUAAAGAGAAGGAGAAAGAGUACAAUCCGUUCGCGACUCUCCCGCCUGAGGGCGGUCUUAUCGGCAGGCUCAACGUGCGCAAGUCGGGCAAAGUAGAAUUCGACUGGGGAGGCACAGUCCUAAGCUUAGGGAUGGGUACAGAGACCGACUUCUUAACGUCGGCCAUCAUGAUCGAGCAGAACAUCGACCUGCAGAACCCCGAAGCGAGCAUUGGCUUCGCCUGCGGGAUGGGUCAGAUCCUGAACAAGUUCGUACUAGCACCUGUUUGGGACGAAGAGGAGGAUUGGGAUCCCAGUCUCGACGACAUCGAAGGCCUAACUCAAUAAUAAUAACCUUGGAUGGAGAGGAGAUCACGAAUUACGUUAUUACAGGUAGACAGUUAGCGAAAAGCUUGGUUUAGGCUACAGGGCCUGUCGACGUUCUUGGUUCGUAUAAGAGGUACCUAGGGUAGGCAUAUGGAAGCUUGAGAUGGCUAGCAGAGAAUCCCGGCAGCUUGGUUGGGCAGAAGAAACAAAAAGAAGUUUUGAUACCCCGGUCCAUCUAACCCGGCUCUUAAGGAACCGCGUAUAACUAUACCUUUUACCUUUAACCUUGCCUUAUUACCUUAAGCGAACUGAAAUUGUAGUGAGAAAGAGCGCAUUCGUGCGGGCUUGCGCUUGCAGAGCCGUUCAUCAGUUAGUUCCACCCUUGGGCCUUGGGCCCUUGGCUUUUACUAGGAGAAUUUUUUAAGUGUUAG